AUGAGAGACUAUUCCGGGGACGCUGCGCGGAAAAGGGUGGCGCGAGCAGCUGAGACCGCGGAAGAGCGCGUGCAGCGAAUUGAGCAGCAGGCCGCCCGCCAAGCCGCCGCCCGAGACCGAGAGACGACUCCUGAGCGCCAGCAGCGACUCGCAGAGGACGCCGCCCGUCACGCCGCUGAUCGGCAGCGGGAGGACCGCGCCGCGUUCCUGGCAGCAGACGCCGAGCGGCACCGCCUGCAGCGGGAGGAGCUCCGCCGCCGUGCGCCACACAAGCUGUACAGCCGCGAGGCGUACGUGGCGCCACCUCGCCUGCAGCUGGGCCAGAUGGAGGUCGUUUGUGCUCACUGCGGCGCGCUCCGCUGGCGGCAGGAGUCGCCCGGCGCCUGCUGUCACUCCGGCAAGGUGGCUCCACCGUUCCACCCACCACCGCCUGAGGUGCUGUGUCAGCUCUUCUCGCCAGAGUCGCCACACCAUCGGCACUUCACACAGCAUCUCAGAACGUUUAAUAGCGCCUUCCAGCUGGCUAGCAUGGGCUGCCAGCAGGUGCGACAGCCAGGCUGGAACCCCGUGUUCACCGUGCACGGCACCGUGUGCCACCGUAUCGGGAGCCUGCUGCCGGCGGAGGGCGCUCAGCCGGAGUACCUGCAGAUUUACUUCUACGACAGGGAGCUGGAAGCACGGAUGGACCUGUACGAGAAUAUGCAUCCAGAAGUGCUUCAGCAGCUGCAGGAGAUGCUGCACGACAACAACAUCUACGUGCGCGGGCUUCGCUCGGCAUUUGAGCUGGUGCGCCGAGAGGACCAACCACUCAGAAUCGUUCUGAGCGCACAGCGUCGGCCCGCCACGGAACACCAGCGCCGCUUCAACUUGCCGGAGACCGGCGAGAUGGCAGUCCUAAUGCCCGAUGAGCCGCAUGGCGUCCGCGACAUCGUUCUGCACCACCGAGACGGCGGUGUGGAACGCAUUAAUGAAUAUCACCGCAGUUACGACCCCCUGCACUACGUGCUGUUACACCCUCACGGCACCGACGGCUGGUCCCUAGAAAUGAAGCACGCCAUGAACAUAACAGCAACAGAGUACUACGCUUUCCAUAUGCGCUAUCGUCCAGGCCAUUUCAAUUUGAUCGCCAGAGGCCAGUCACUCUUUCAGCAGCUACUGGUGGACGCCUUCGCGAAAAUCGAAUCGGACCGCCUCUGCUACCUGCGCCAACACCAGCCGGCACUGAGGACAGAGACGCUGCGCGGCCUGACGGACGCCAUUCACGCCGGUGACGAGCACGGCGCUGAUGUCGGACGCAUCGUGCUGCCGGCAUCCUUUACCGGCAGCGCCCGCUACAUGGUCGCCAAGCUCAACGAUGCCAUGGCGUACGUUCGCGAGUUUGGAGGUGGCGACCUACGGUCACGUGCAAUCCAAUGUGGGCGGAAAUUAAGGACACCCUGCGACGCCUGUACCCGGGACAGCAGCCUUCUGACCAUCCAGAAGUGGUGUCACAAGUUUUUUCGCCAGAAGCUGCGCGGCCUCCUGCACCUGUUCCGAGACGGCGCGGUCUUCGGUCAGGUCCGUGCCUUCAUCAGCUGCAUCGAGUGGCAGAAGCGCGGCCUCCCUCAUGCCCAUAUCGUCCUGUGGUUGGAGCCAGACGACAAGCCUCGGCCUGACACCGCCGACCUGUUCGUCUCGGCCGAGAUCCCAGACCCGAUAACAGAGCCAGAGCUCCAUGCUGUCGUCACCAGCAAUAUGGUGCACGGCCCGUGCGGUGCCCACCGGCCAGCGGCCCCGUGCAUGGCUGAUGGCGCCUGCACAAAGCGAUACCCGAAGCAGUUCGCCGCUGUCACCGAGGUGAACGACACGGGGUACCCGCAGUACCGCCGCCGCAGCCCGCUGGACGGCGGGCGCACCGUGCAUCCCACCGGCCGACCCGGUGGUCCUAUCACUGUGGACAACCGCUGGAUUGUGCCAUACAAUCCCCUACUCAGCCGCGCACUGCAGUGCCACGUCAAUGUGGAGCUCGUCACCCAUGCCUUCACCUGCAUUCGUUACGUCCUCAAGUACGUGACGAAGGGAAGCGACCAGGUCAUGUUCGCGGUGGCACCAGGUGAGCCGGCGGUGGUCGACGAGAUAGCGACCUUUCAGCAGGGCCGCUAUCUGAGCGCCAUGGAGGCCGCCUGGCGCCUGCUCCAGAACCCGAUCCAUGAGCACCUGCCCACAGUAGAAGCGCUGCCCGAGGCCUGCUCGGUGCUCGGUCUGCUGGAGGACGGCCAGCACUGGCAUCGGGCCAUGGCGGAGGCAGCCGAAAUCACCUUCCCCCGGCAGCUGAGGUGCCUCUUCGCACUCAUCACCAUCGAGGGCCGCGCCAGCUGCGAUAAACACCAAGAGGCCGCGGGGUUACAGGGUGACCUAGAGGCCGGCGAGUAUGCCACCUUCCUGUCGCAGCUCGGUUCCGGCCGGCUUCCUCUAUGCCCUGGCACACUCGACAGCGUGACGGUUCCGCCAACGGUGCUCAGCCCGGCGCGAUCACUCGCCGAGCUGGCCGAGCGCAUCUACCCCGAUCUGGCCCAAAAUUGUCAAAAUCUUGAGUGGCUCGAAGAGCGCACUAUUCUGACAGUCCUCAAUUCGGAUGCUAAAAUCAUCAACGACCACGUCAUGGAGAGUAUGCCAGGACAAGAGAAGGUGUAUGACAGCGUCGACACCAUGACCGACACAAACACCGUGCCAUUAACAGCGGAGGUACUGAAUAAGAUAGAAAUUUCCGGCCUACCACCUCACAAAAUUCGCCUGAAAGCUGGCGCACCGGUUCUUCUCAUGCGCAACUUGGACGCACCGCGCGCUGUUAAAGGUACACUGUGCGUGGUCAAAACCCUGGCUGACGACGUCCUCGAGCUGAGCGUGCUGACCGGCCCUGCUCGAGGCGAGGUUAAUUGA